AUGGCGGCACACGAUAUCCAUCAUGAUGGCAACAUACGCACGACGCAUGUCUUCAAAACGACCAUCUCCCACCAAGGGAGGCGAACGUGGGACUCAGCCAUUGCGGACGAUGAUCUAAACCAUACAUCAAGGAAGAGGGCUAGGUUGAACGACUCUGGCCAUAGGGAUAGUCAUCCUGCAACUCGGCUUCUAAAAAGGUUGUCGCAUGAUGCGUAUACUGUCGGAUGGGUCGCGGCUCUCCCAAUCGAGAUGGCCGCUGCGCGAGUGAUGCUCGACGACAUGCACCAGUCUCUACCGAUGAACCCAAAUGAUAGCAACGUCUAUGCCUUUGGCAGUAUAGGAAACCACAAUAUUGUUAUCGCAUGCCUACCAUCAGGGCAGUACGGCAUCACCAGCGCAGCUUUGGUGGCAAACAACAUGCGAUGGAGCUUUCCCUCGAUACAGAUUCGACUCAUGGUCGGCAUUGGUGGCGGUGUGCCUGAUCAAGUUGACAUCCGACUUGGCGAUGUCGUAGUUAGCAACCCAACUGCGUCAUCUUCAGGCGUUAUACAGUACGACUUUGGGAAAACUGUGAAAGCAGGCCGUUUUCAACUUUCGGGGGCGUUGAAUAAGCCUCCGCAACAACUUCUGACGGCAGUCGCCAAGUUGCGAGCCGACCAUCAGCUGGGUCCUAGUCGGAUAUCAGAACAUCUCGCUACAAUUAGAGAGCGCAAUCCUUCAAUGGAUGCGUACACGUAUCGCGGGGCCGGUCAGGACCGACUUUACGAACCCACGUACGAUCAUGUUGGGGAGAGCUGCGACGACUGCGAUUCGUCACAGCUGGUGAGACGGGACCCGAGGCCCAACAACUACCCAAAGAUUCACUACGGUAUUAUUGCAUCCGCAAAUCAGGUCAUGAAACAUGGGCAGACGCGGCAUCGUCUCGCACAUGAGCUUGAUGUUCUCUGUUUCGAGAUGGAAGCAGCCGGCCUGAUGGACAGCUUUCCAUGCCUGGUCAUUAGGGGGAUCUGUGAUUAUUCAGACUCACACAAGGCCAAGCAAUGGCAAGAGUAUGCUGCGGUGACCGCAGCAGCCUAUGCAAAGGAGCUCCUUUUUGUCAUUGCGUCCGAAGAAAUCCACGAGGACUCCAUGACGGAUGACGAUAUAGUAUCCUCUCACGAAACGUCGCUAGUAAAUAGUCGGAAUGAUUUCAUUGAAACCUUGAGAUUUGAAGAAAUCGACAGUCGACAUUCAACCAUCAAAUCUGCUCAUACCAAAACAUGUCAAUGGCUGCUGAAGCAUCCUGACUACAUUCGCUGGCUAGAUGACAAAGAAUUCGCCAAUCACCAUGGCAUCCUUUGGAUUCGGGGAAAGCCAGGAGCAGGGAAAUCUACGCUUAUGAAAUAUGCCUACUCGCGUGCAGGGCAGAAGGCAGCGAAAGAUUCUGCCACGAUAUCCUUCUUCUUCAACGCUAGAGGAGGGUUGCUUGAGAAAUCGACAGAAGGAAUGCACAGAUCUCUUCUGCUUCAACUAUUGGAGAAAGUUCCUGAGCUACAGGAGGUAUUGGGUGAUGGAGAUCGUGGAACGUUCCUUCGAAAAGACUCGGGCUCUUGGGAUCUUUCUGCAUUGCGAAGACUCUUUGCGACUGCAAUAUCAAAGCUCGACCAACGACAAGUCACAUGCUUCAUUGACGCUCUCGACGAGUGUGACGAAAGCGAAGUCCGACAACUACUGGACUUUUUUGAAGACUUAGGACAAUGUGCUGUUCAAAAUAACAUCAGGUUCUACGUUUGCUUCUCUAGUCGCCAUUACCCCCGUAUGGACGUUGUCUACGGUGUCCGAUUCACCUUAGAAAAUCAAUCAGGCCAUGAGCAGGACCUGGAAAAGUACGUACGAAGCAAGCUUAGAACUGAGACAAAAAAGCAGGCGGAUGAGCUCACGAAAGAGAUACUCCGGAAAGCGUCCGGGGUCUUUAUGUGGGUAGUGUUGGUCAUCGACAUUCUCAACCAGGAAUUUCAAGAUGGUCGUAUUUUUGCAGUGAAAAAGAGACUUCAACAGAUACCUCCAGAAUUGAGCAAUCUGUUCAAAAACAUAUUGAUGAGAGAUGAGAAGAACAUGGGAGAGCUGCUGUUGUGUAUACAGUGGUUACUCUUCGGCAAGCGCCCUCUGAAGCCCGAAGAGUAUUAUUUCGCACUGGUGGCUGGCGUUGAUCCUGACAGCCUUUGCAGGUGGAAUCGAGAGAAAAUCUCGAGAGAUUCCUUGAAUCACUACGUGGUCAGUUCCUCGAAGGGGCUUGCUGAAACAACGAAAUCAAAGAAAUCGACAGUUCAGUUCAUCCACGAAUCGGUACGGGAUUUCCUUCUCAAGGAAGACGGCCUCAAGUCUUUGUGGCCGGAACUUGGGGAUAACCCUGAGGGCAGAAGCCAUGAACGACUCAGGGAUUGCUGCCAUGCCUAUAUGGGAGUCUAUGAUUAUUAUCCGUACAUUUCGGACGACGACUUCUUUCUAGAUACUAGCACCGAUUUGGCAAAGAGCCUCAAGUUAGACGCUACUCGGAGGUUCCCAUUCCUCGAUUACUCCACGAAACACGUUCUAUAUCAUUGCGAUGCUGUGGAACGGAUGAGACUUCCCCAGGACUCAUUCUUUCGAAAGUUUCAACUACUAGACUGGAUUCGGCUCCACAACCUACUUGAGCAAUUCAAAACACGACGAUACAACAUCUCAACAACUGCCCUGUACAUUUUCGCGGAGCUUGGCUUGCCAUCACUUGUCGACAUGCUACUUCGUCAGACAGACGUGCCACUUCGUCAGAAUGAAACACGGAACCCGACUCUGAUCUCGUCCCAGCGGUUCUCGUCGCCUCUCCAUGCAGCCGUUCACUUGGGCCACACAAGUACGGUAGAAGCUUGGAUGCGUCAUGUUGUGUCAGAAAAUGUGUCAGAAUCGCCUCAGCAGAUGGAAAGCGUUCUCAUGACAGCUGUAGAGAAACAGCAUACCGGCAUUGUAGAGCUGUUGCUUGAUGCGGGGGUCAAUCCAAACACGAAAGACAGAUAUCAAAAUCCCUUGCUUUUGAAAGCUGCCGGAACGAACUUCCACAUUACCAGGCUUCUUCUUUCAAGGCACUUCUCUACAAAACAACAUCAGGAUGUGCGGCACUCGCGCUUGUCCUCAGCAACACCUGCUGAAGGAGACUGGAGACAUGCUUGCCAACGCCAAGAGGCAUAUGUUAACCAGAGGAAUAUCAACGGUGAAAAUGCGUUGUUCAGGGCUUGUAAUAAUAAACAAGUUGCAACAGCCAGAUUACUGCUGGAAAACGGUAUCGACCCCAAUGCCGUCUCCACAUACUCGGAGACGCCUUUGAAUAUGGCUAUUCAAGAGGGCGAAACCUUGGUGAAGCUUCUGAUUGAUGGAGGCGCGGAUGUUAAUCUGGUUGGCUCCGGCCGUUUCAGAUCUCCUUUACACCACGCUGUUGAUGAUGGCAAGUAUGAUAUCGUCAAGCUUCUGAUCGAGAGAGGUGCAGACGUCAAUCUGGCUAGCGGCCAGCACACGCCUCCUUUGCACCAAGCCAUUAAAGGUGAUCAAGGAGAUAUCGCCGAGCUUCUGAUCGAGGCAGGCGCUGAUGUCAAUCUUGUCAACCACAUUUCCAUGCCUCCUUUACACUAUGCCAUCGAAGCUAAUCAUGGACGUAUGGUCGAGCUUCUGAUUGAGAAAGGUGCCGACGUCAAUCUGGCCCGCUGCAGUUGGAAGCCUCCUUUACACUACGCCAUUGAAGUUGAUAAGGUGAACAUCGUCGAGCUUCUGAUCGAGAGAGGUGCAGACGUCAAUCUGAUCAGCCACGUUCAAUCUCCUCUACAUUACGCUAUUCAACUUGACAGAAUGAACAUUGUCGAGCUUCUUGUUAAAGGGGGCGCGAAUAUCAAUCUGGUUGACCAAAACCUUAAAUUUCGUCCUCUGGAGUACGCGAUUAAACUCGACAGGCAGCACAUAGUCGAAUUUCUGCUGUACAUGGGGGCUAAUGUCAAUGACAUUUUGCACCAACCUAUCACGUCCACAGCCAGAGAAGCGAUCAGAGUUCUUGUCGACAAUCCAACCGUCAUUAGACAUUGCAGAGACAAUCGGGAUCUCACUUAUCUCAAGUACGCUAUAGACAAUUGGAAGGUCGUCUUUGAGGUCAAGGCGAGUCAGUUUCAUUGCGACCGAGAUCACCAGCUUCUCUGCUAUUUACUAGGAGCAAUCGUGUCCAGGGAUGAAGUUUACACCCAGAAGAUUCUCGACAAUGGAGUUGACAUAAAUCAAUUUUGUUGCUUCAUCAGCCCUCUUUACCUGUCCGUACUCACCGGUCAACCCACCAUCGUCAGGAUGCUCCUGGAGAAGGGUGCGAGUGCUCGAUAUGGAGAUUGGAAAGGCCCAACCGCCCUUCAUCUUGCUGUCCACAGGGGAGACCCGGCUCUAGUGCAAGUAUUACUUGAUUUCAAUGCGGACCCAAAUGACAUCGACAGCAUAGGUCGGACCGCCUUGUUCGACAUCGAUCAAACCCACCAGCAUGCCAUAAGUUUGACAAACUUACUAUUAAGUGCUGGUACAAAUCUCAUGCAUGAAGACAACACAGGGAAUACAUUCCUCGAACUAAUCUUGCGGCUGAAAUUCAACGAAGAAACCAAACGGCUCAUAUCAGAAGUUGAAGACGGCGUUUCACUCCGAGGACGCGAUUUUGUGCCGACUUUGCUGGUGGAUGCAGCAAAAGCACAUGUACCCGUUCUCAUCAGUUGGCUUCUGGAGCUUGGGGCUGACCCGAACAUGUCCGACAGACACGGAUGUACGCCCCUCCUAGGAGCUAUAGGCUCACGACCAUCAAGCCGUCUGAAUCAAGUCGUUUGCCUACUGCUGGAUAGGGGCGCCUAUCCUACGAUACCGGGUUCAGACGGCGAAACCCCAUUGGAAAUGGCUACUCGACUCGGAAGGCUGAGUGUGGAAAUAAUAUUGCGAUCUCGGAUUAAGUGA